UUGAAAACUGUAAGUUCUUUUCAGAUUCUUGUUUGCUAAACCAGUCAUUUUAAUUCCCCAUUUGCAAAUAUGCAUGUUCAGAUGUCACACUUCCUUGUUCUGAAGCAGUCCUCUGUUACAGUCACUUCAACUCUCAGAUUAUUUUGUGUUCAUCUGAUCAAGAAAGUCCCUGGGAUGAAGAUAAACAUAAUCCUAAGAACUGAAACUCCUUCAGUUGUUGUGCCUGAAGCAGACUGGUUAAUCUGUGCCCAGAAAAAGCGUGAGUCCCAUGUGCCAGGUGCUCCUGAAGUUUCAUGAAGAGCAUGACCUUUGAGGUGGCUUGAACAAGAUGAGUGCUUUUCUUGCAUGUGGAACAGCUAUAUUAAAUAACCUCUCCGAGUAAUAGGAGCUGAAAUGAGCAAGAAUCUGCAUUUCUCCAAGGCAGCUGGGCAAUUCCUCCUUUGCCUUUGGACAAUACAGCGGCCUUUUCUGAAUUGUCCAAAAAUUAAUCCCUUGGAUUUGAGAUCCAUUGUACUUGGUCAUUCAGCAACUAGAUAACAUCUGCUUCUAAUUUCCUUCAGAGUUCUUGUUUUUGCUACCAUUAAUUCUCAGAGCAGCACUGGGGGGCUGUAUGUCCAAAUUCCAGAUCUCUCCCCUCAAUAGCUCUUUUUGCCAUGAUGUGCUAGAGCCAGUUUUGCCAAGGAGCAGAAGAAUUCUCCGGUGGCAGAAGGGAUUGCCACACAGAGUACAAUGUGUAAGAGAGGAGGAGGAAGACCUAUAGAUGUUUAUCCAAAGAGCAGACUUCCAAAAACUUAUAUGGUACUUUUUUCCCAAGGAUGUAGGGUCUGCAAAAGCAUUGUGUUGUUACAAAAUGAGGAUGUGUUUUUCAGCUUUUAGAUAAUUCCAGGUUUUUACCAUAACUGAAUUUAUUUGUUCUAAUUCUAUGUGUUUUGAAGGUGAAAGUGAAACUGAUUAGAAAGUGAAAACAGUUACUUUUAAUUUUUAAGACUUUUUUUCAGUAAAUAGUGAAAGCGGAAUGGGUAAAAGAUGAGUUCUUCUAAGAACAAGAUUAACAUUAAAAUUAUAGUAACUUUGCGUAAGUUAAAACCCCCUGAGAGUGGCAAAAGGAGUAGGGAGCUGGGGACUUAUUUUCAGCCUAUUUGUGGUCCGUAAAAGGUGACAAGCUGAGGUUAUUGUGUUCAGCAUGAUCAAUAUAUUCCAAAAAUUCAUGGAAUUAAACUGUUCUCAGGUCAAACUUACUAUUGGAGCAAGAAUUCAUAAGCUUUUUCGAAAAGAUAUGUUCAGAUUUACACAAAGAGAAAAACCUUCUAUAGUGUUUAAAAAUCAGCCUCAUUUUGGGCUCUGUUUGAUAACCGUGUACUCUGUAGGAUUCAAAUUCCUUACUUUUGUUGUCUGCCUUUAUAGAAUACUCUUUUGCAACUUGUAGAUACAAAUUGUUUUCAUUGUCUGCAUUUGUCUGGAAAUCUAAUAACAUUUUGACUUUCAACUUAUUUCAAGAUUGCUUGAUAUUAUAUAUUUUCAAAUCUUAAUAUAGCCAAAUUUCUGCCCACAUAUCUUAAAAAUGGUGUACCUGAAAGCCUGUCUGUUCCCAGUCAGCUGAAAUUUCAUAGAGAACAAGUAGCAUAACACUUUGAACUAACUCAUGUCUGUCUCUCGAGGCAGCUCUGUUCAGUCCUGCCCAUCUUGUUGCUGUGACUCAGUUGAUGGCACCCUCUCUCAAAAGCUGGCCCUGCUCCAUGGGAACCUGUCCCUAUCAGAUACUGGCAUGGAAUCAUCAGCCCAGGAAGUGCUGCCUUAGGAUCAUGUUAAACCUGACCCUGUGGAAGUUAAACAUCCUUGGUGUUGGUAGAGCUCUUCCCCCACCUCUUCCCCCACCUCUUUCUGUUGUCUUAAAGGAUGGGGUUGGUUAGGAGUGGAGUGCAGCAGCCAUUGCAAGAUGAGUGGUGUGAUAAAUAGUGUUUUUUUUGAGGAUAUUCAAACUGGUUAAUUUAAGUACUCAAGUACCUAAUUGGAUGUAGGGCAUUUCCUGACUAGCAUCAAUUGCCAACUUGUGCUGUGUCUGCAUCAUACACUUGUCUUUCUGUCCCACUUCAUGCUUUUCCAUAAGAUUGUCCCUCUCUGUGUCUUUGUCUUGGUUAUUCUCCCAUCUUUCCUGUUUUUAUUUUCCAUUUGCCCCUUCCCUGGGUGUUGCAGCUGCAGGAGCUGGGUGUGGUUCUGUAAAGUUCUGGAGUGGGGUCUCAGCAUGGCACCAUCUGGUCCUGCAGCCCUGGUCCUUCCAGGCCAGGGUGCCAUGGGGUUUAUUCCCUGCUAAUCUCUGCAGCAGCACACAAUGCACUGCCAGUUGACAGCUGUGAUAAGAGGAUUAGGGAGCAUUUGUUCAAAUAAAGGGUGUUUUUCAAAAGUGGAGAACUUUCCUGAUUUAGUGGAGACUUGAAUAAUGUUGUCCUUGCGCUAACAGCAGGACACAGUGAGCCUGACCACAGGGGUAUCUGUGGAAUUGCUGCUGGGUCAGGCUCAGAGAGCCCUCUGGAAUACCUGAUUUUAUGAAGAACCCAGUAAGUUCAACUUCAGACCCUUCUGAAAGAGUGAAUGAACUAGGAAGAAAUUCAGGUGUAAAAAUUGAAUGAGUAAGGAUUAGCUUGUAAAAUUAUCAUAAAAGUACUGUGAAAAAUACUGAAUGAAUGUAAGAUAAAAGCAUGGUACCCAGGUGAAUAUUAGAGUUCCUCUCUGUUUGAACUCAAAAGAGUCUUGAUUUGUACAAUAUAGUUCUUCAGUGCUUUCUGUUCAGGUGUCCUCCAGUGCGGCCCCCUUCUCUGGGACAUCUCCCUUAGAAUUCACCUCGUAUGCUCCACUGUAUUCUUGUGUUACUGUUUUCCUCUGAAGCUUUCUGCAGUGUUUUUCUGUCUUCUGCCUCAGAAUUUUCAAGCUUAUUUUCAUCCCCAUGUUUCUCAAUCUCUUAUUCUUAACAAAUGCCACACAGUUAAGCUUCCUUUUAAUUACUCCGGUGUAUUUGAAUCUUAAAAAUGUAGCUGAAAUGAAUUAAGAUGCAUUGAUAAUAGAGUAUGUCGCAAAUUGUAUAAAGGAGUUAGAUUGCAAAGGUGGAGUUACAUGUGUUUUGUGUAUUUUUCAGGGAAUCCUUUUUUUUCCCUACAUAAAUGCAUAAAUUUGUAUCAUGCUGCUACUGAGGAAAAAAAAAAAAAACACAACCAAGUGCUUUUCAGCUUUGUGGACUGUUGGAACAGACUGUGUAUUGAGCAGGCAGUAGGGCUAGAGACCUCUAACCUUGACCUUUUUCCUUCUCUUUCCAGUACAAGAGCCAUUGCCUUCUGCAGAGCUGGUCUCUUCAAGGAAAAGUCCUUGCUUUCAUUUUGUCCUUUCCAGUCGUCCCCAAACGUACCUGUUCUCUUGGGAGCUGACCUCAUUUGCAGCUGUGCAGCCUGUGCCUGUUUCUUUUCCCAGUGAUUCUGUGUUUGAUGUGCUCCUCCGUGCAGCACAUCAAACACAGAAGAGAGAGAAGCAGAGCUGCUCUGCCCACACUGGCAAGGGCUUAGCAGCAUCGGGGACCCAAGAGCAGAUUAUUCCUGCUGAAAUAUUUUCACACAUAUUGAAUUGCUUUAAACUUUGUGUAUCUGUUCCAAGGCUGGAGGAGGAUGGGAUGAAGUAGUUACAGUUAUUUCUGCUCUGCCCUAAAAGAAUAUUUUAUGAAAUAUAUUCAUUGCAGCAUGCUGUGGAUAUUGAUAGACUGUUCAGUUGAACCAAAUAUUUGAGUGCUAGGUUAGUAUUUUAGUGGGACACUAAAGAGUCACCUCUCUCUUGUGAGCAGUGUUUUAGGAUCUUUAACUCCCACAGGUGGUCACAGUGUCAGUGCCAGCCCCAGGCCAGCAGUGCCGCUGGGAUGUGGUGCCAUCUCCUGACUCACUGGGGUCUCUUCCGCAGGAGCAGGGUUUUCCUUGGGUCUCCCAUCCCAGCACUAAGCCUGACCUUGUUUAGUUUGAGGUCUGAGAGUACAGGCUGGUGUCACAGCUGCCAUGUAACAGAGUAAAGAAUCCCUUCAGAAAUGCUGUUAUCAGUGUAACUGCAAUUGGAACAAGAGGUCUUGUUUACUUCCUGCAAAAUGUAAAACUUGUUUUUCUUGUUCACAUCUGUCUUCACAUCAGUAAUUGGAAUUUUAUUGCAUAAAGACUAAAUAUUAUGUUUGGUCUUAUUUACAGAUCUUAUAGCAGAAACUUUUUGCCCAAACUUCAGUUACUUUUAACUUCCUUUCGUCCUGUUCUGUGGUGGUAGAGGUUUCAUUUUCAAAUAUGUGUUAUAUGCCAAAGUCAUCUUGGAUUCUAUGGGCCUACGUUUUUUGUGUUCUUCUCACAGACACAGUACAGUAAUGUAGGGUAUGAACAAAGCCAUUAACCAGAGAUCAAGGCUUACGUGUCAGUAAACUUUAUAGAUGCUUUCAGACAUCGCAAACUUCUGAAAUUCACUUUUCUUCAGUGUGAAAGUAGCUUUUUGUGGAAGAAGAGUAGUAUGUAUAGGAAACACUACUGUAUUUUUGUCUGCAAUAAUAUAUGUAGGUUCUGGGUACCUCUUGAAUCUGUUAUGUGAUAAAAGCCUUGUAAGAUUGAGAUCUUUAAUGUUUUUUUUUAGCUCAACAUGAUGCAUAAGUUUAAAGCUGCAUCUGUUUACAGGGAUUUAUGACUAAAACUGCUUGUUUUUCUACAGAAUUGUCUGGUGUUUCUCAGCUUGAAGAAGAUCUGCAGUCAUUAUUGAUCCUCUUUCUUGGCGUUACCGUUUUUGAAGUGAAGUUUGCCUAGCUUUCUAGUGUGAGCUCUCUUUGCAGCCAUCUUAAAAAAAAACUAAACAAAAAGAAUUUUUUUGAUCCAUAAAGUAGACAAGCUCUAGUUCUACAAUGUCCAAGUCAUUCCAGCAGUCAUCUCUGAGUAGGGAUUCACAAGGUCAUGGGCGUGACCUCUCUGCAGGAAUAGGCCUUCUUGCUGCUGCUACCCAGUCUUUAAAUAUGCCAGCAUCUCUUGGAAGGAUGAACCAGGGUACUGCGCGCCUUGCUAGCUUAAUGAAUCUUGGAAUGAGUUCUUCAUUGAACCAACAAGGAUCUCAUAGUGCACUGUCUUCUGGUAGUACCUCUUCCCAUAAUUUGCAGUCUAUAUUUAACAUUGGAAGUAGAGGUCCGCUCCCUUUGUCUUCUCAGCACCGUGGAGAUGCAGACCAGGCCACAAACAUUUUGGCCAGCUUUGGUCUGUCUGCUAGAGACUUAGAUGAACUGAGUCGCUAUCCCGAGGACAAGAUCACUCCUGAAAACUUGCCUCAGAUCCUUCUACAACUUAAAAGGAGGAGAGCUGAAGAAGGUUAUGGUAGAGAUGGCAGAUCAUCCACACGGGAACCACCAUACAGAGUACCUAGGGAUGAUUGGGAAGAAAAAAGGCAUUUUAGAAGAGAUAGCUUUGAUGAUCGUGGUCCUAGUCUCAACCCAGUGGUUGACUAUGACCAUGGAAGUCGUUCUCAAGAAUCUGGUUAUUAUGACAGAAUGGAUUAUGAAGAUGACAGAUUGAGAGAUGGAGAAAGGUGUAGGGAUGAAUCUUUCUAUGGUGAGACUUCGCAUAACUAUCAUAAAUUUGACAGUGAGUAUGACAGAAUGGGUCGUGGUCCUGGUCCCGAGAGAUCUCUCUUUGAGAAAAAGAGAGGUGCUCCUCCAAAUAGCAAUAUUGAAGACUUCCAUGGAUUCUUACCGAAGGGUUAUCCCCAUCUGUGCUCUAUAUGUGAUAUGCCAGUUCAUUCUAAUAAGGAGUGGAACCAUCACAUCAAUGGAGCGACUCACAGCCGCCGCUGUCAGCUGCUGCUCGAAAUAUACCCAGAAUGGAAUCCUGACAGUGAUUCAGGACAUGGAAUGGGUGAUCCCUUUAUGUUGCAGCAAUCUACAAACCCUGCACCAGGAAUUUUGGGACCGCCACCACCUCCAUUCCACCUUGGAGGACCUCCUGUUGGGCCCAGAGGAGCUGGAAAUGGAAAUAUGCAAGGACCCAGACACAUGCAGAAAGGCAGAGUGGAAACAAGCAGAGUUGUGCACAUCAUGGAUUUCCAGAGGGGAAAGAACCUGAGAUAUCAGCUGCUUCAGCUCGUUGAACCCUUUGGGAUAAUCACAAAUCACCUGAUUCUAAACAAAAUCAAUGAGGCAUUUAUUGAAAUGUCAACCACUGAAGAUGCCCAGGCUGCAGUGGAAUAUUAUUCAACAACACCUGCUCUGGUGUUUGGUAAACCAGUCAGAGUCCACUUGUCACAGAAAUACAAGAGAAUAAAGAAACCUGAGGGUAAACCUGACCAAAAGACUGAGCCACCAAAACCAGAACUUGGUCGUGUGAUCCACCUGAGCAACUUGCCCCACUCGGGCUACUCUGACAACGCCGUGCUCAAACUGGCUGAGCCCUACGGGAAGAUCAAGAACUACAUCCUGAUGAGAAUGAAGAGCCAGGCCUUUAUUGAGAUGGAGACCAGAGAAGAUGCUUUGGCCAUGGUAGAGCAUUGUGCCAACAAAGCGCUUUGGUUCCAAGGCAGAUGUGUGAAAGUAGAUUUAUCUGAAAAGUACAAGAAACUGGUGUUAAGGAUUCCCAACAAAGGAGUUGAACUGCUGAAAAAGGAUAAAACCAGAAAGAGAACAUAUUCCCCAGACAGCAAAGAUUCUCCCAGUGAUAAGAAGUCCAAAACAGAACCUGCUCAGAAACCUGAAAGUGGCAAUACAGAAGAAAAAGCAAAAGAGGAGAAACAGGAGGAUGCUGCUGAGCCUUCAGGUGCCAAAAGUGGGGAACAGACAGAGCAAGAUGAGCCCAGUUUACUCCUGGAGUCUGAAGAUGAGCUGCUGGUGGAUGAAGAGGAGGCAGCAGCACUGUUAGAAAGUGGCAGCUCAGCUGGAGAGGAUGCAGAUGUUGCCAAUUUAGCUGAUGUGGCUACUGAAGAAAAAAAGGACACACCUGAUGAUGCGACUGUAAAAACUGAGGGGAAUGUUGCAGGCACUCCAGCAGCCAAGAAAAAGCUUAAAAAGCGCUACGUGGGCGGCUUCCCGCGCAGCAUGGAGGGCUUCGUCACCCUGGACGAGGUGGGCGACGAGGAGGACUCCGACCACCAGAAGCUGCGCAAGUCCGGGCUGGCAGCCAAGGCUGCGGGCAAGAGCGAGGACAGCCUGGCAGAGAUCAAGGUGGACAAGAUUGAGGAGCCAGAGCAGGAGAGUGAAACGUUAGAAAACGGAACGAAAAGCGAAGAGAAUGCCAAGGCCGAAAGUGUUGAAGCUUCUGAUGCUACAACAGCACAGGAUACUGAGAAAAGCAGCCAGGAGAACACAGACCCCCAGGGCGAGCAGGAAACAAAGAGUGUUCUGGAGAAACCUCUUGUCCCAGAUGAGUUUAGGAUUGGGCCUUACCAGCCGAACGUUCCUGUUGGUGUGAAUUAUGUGGUACCCAAAACAGGGUUUUAUUGCAAAUUGUGUUCCCUGUUCUACACAAAUGAAGAUGUUGCAAAAAAGACCCAUUGCAGCAGCCUUCCUCAUUAUCAAAAGUUGAAGAAAAUUCUGGAUAAAAUGGCAGAAGACUUCAGGCAAAAGAAAGAAGGUUAAAGAGAAGGAAGGAUAGAAGGAAAACGUGGCUUUGUUUUUAAUGUUAAUCUUUUUUAAAAGCAGUACAAGUAGUAGAUGGAAAUACUGUAUUCUUUUUUGUUUUAGUGAGAUACAGUAGGCAUUAUAGGUCUGUUCAUGUGUUAAAUGUUGUAGCAAAAAGCAUAUGCAGUUAAGUUAAUGACAACAGUUUGUUCGUAAUGUGAGAAUGGCAACAACUUUUCAUUUGACACUUCAAGCUAUUACAGAAAAUUAAAUCUUGCACCCUUGUGGAAACCUCAUCUAUGAGAAGAAAACUGCGUUUAAAUGAAACUUACUACUUUCAAGCUUCAGAAAUUGUCUUUUAAUUCCAUUCUGAAUAAAAAAUGAAAAGUAAUACUGUAUUUUUAUUUUAUCUAGAACAUUCCGUAUUUUGGUCUGAGCCUAGCAGCUGUUUAAUUUUGAGUGUAAGGCUGUCAUUGCAUUUCACUUUGGAAAAGUCGUUAAAUGUAAGUUGCAUUUUUAAAUGUUGAAUUGCAGUUUCUUUUAAUGUCACUGCUGUUAUCUAUAGCAAAUAGGAAAAUUAGUGAUUAGUCAGCUUUACAACUUUGUGAUUUUUUUUUUCCUAAGCUCUUGCUAGACUUUCCUAUUCAGCUAUUCCUUGUAUUUUUAGUGAGAAGUAAAUGCCCAUUCUCUGACCAGUAUUAUUUCCUCAAGCUCUUCCUGCUUUUACUUGAAUCCCGUCGCUGUCGUACAUCUCUGGUAUAUCAAAAGCAGCACUGGAGUCCUAAAAGGGACAAAAGUGUCUUUGUAUUCUUCACAUGGAAGUUUUCAUACCUGCAUUUUAACACCUUUUUUCUUUUUUUUUUUUUUGUUAAAACCUGGUUUUGUCAAGACUCUUUAGAACUGUGCAUUUAAUGUACCUGCACAUGUGAGAUGUGAACAGGAAUUUGCAUGUGUAACCUGUGUUUAUCUGUAGUUUUUGUUAUUUACUGCUUAUUUGUGACUUCAGAUUACUAAAGUGAUUCCCAAUAAACAAAGCUAGACCACAA